GUAAAGGAGGAACCACCCACCGAGUGGCUCGAACAAAAAGAGCCCUAUGCCGCGAGAGAUCCGCUCCCUGCGCGAGCUACUCGAGGUGGCCACCUCGUCGCUGCCCCGCGUGGUCGUGGUUGACUUUUAUGCCCAGUGGUGUGGCCCGUGCAAGCUCGUCGCGCCCCACUUUGAGCAGAUGGCGGCGACGUUCUCGGACGUGGCGCUCUUCGUCAAGGUGGAUGUCGACGUUGCGGAGGACGUGCGCGACUUUGCGGGCGUGCGCGCGAUGCCGACGUUCCACGUCUACCGCGGCGCCGAGCGCGUCUUUGAGCUCGUCGGCGCCAACCUCCCCAAGCUCGAGGCCUUCCUGGCGCGCCACCGCAGCAACCGGCCGGCGCAAUCCGCGGCGCCGGCUCUGCCGGCUCUGCCGCCGCCCGCACCUGCGCCGACGGCGCCACCGCCCGCGGCGGCUGGCGCGUCGAGUGCGCCGCCGGGGGCCGGCCUGGUGCCCGUGCGAGUGCUGAUGAAGUUUGACGAUGGCAAGGCCGCCGCCAUCAAGCGAAAGCUGCUCGAGGUGAGCGGCGCGCUGCGGGGGGAGGGCCACGCGGCGGCGCUGCCGGAGCAGAGGGAGCGGGCGCUGGCGCGGCUCUGCGACAGCGUCGCCGCAAACGCGGGCGGCGACGCGGGCGAGGGCGACACAGGCGGAGUCGAGGACGGCAUCUCGGCCGCACUGCUCGCCCUUUCGUGGCCGUCGGGGCGGCGCUGGCCGGCGCUCGAUCUGCUUCGGCUAGCGGUGCUGCGGCACGCGGCGUCGCCUUGUUGGGACGCGUGGGCGGACGCGGCGAGCUUUGGCGAGGGGCGGGGCGGGGCGGGGGCGGGCGAGGCGCCUGGGGCGGGAGGCUCGGAGGGCGGCGAGGCGGGGCCCGCGGCGGUACUCGACGCGCUACGCUCGUCGGACUUUGGCGGCGUCGAGGCGACUUGAUUGAGUGCAUGCAUGAAUGAAUGGAUGAAUGGAUGGAUGGAUGGGUGCAUGCAUGAAUGCAUGCAUGAGUGCAUGAAUGAAUGCAUGGAUGGCUGGAUGAGGUUUCACCUCCGGCUUUGGCGGCGCCCAAAGGCGAUGUUUGCACUGCGGCUGGCGGCGAACUUGCUCGCGGCGGGCAAGGGCGGGGCGUCCCUUGCCCUCCUCCCGCCCAUCCUUGAGGCGGCCGCAGCGGCAGGCGCCCGCCACAGGGACCGACACACGCACGCACGCGCGCACGCACGCGCGCACGCACGCACGCACGCACGCACGCACGCACGCACGCACGCACGCACGCACGCACGCACGCACGCACGCACGCUCAGACGCUCACGCUCCUCAGACGCGCGCACGCACAUGGCAC